GUAUGAAUGACCUGAUGUUCCAUGUCAUCGGCAAUAGAGACAUUUCGUCUCUUUAUUUAUACUUAACCUCAUUAUUUAAACAAAUUAGUUCAUGAAAUGGCUAGCAGUACUUCUGCUGUUCUAGAUGUAGUCGUUGAAAGUAAAGAAAUAUCUUCUUUCAUAAAAGACAAAGAUUUGGAUCCACCUAGCGUUUUGAGUGAUUCAACCUAUGAUAACUCUUUAUUGCAAUCUCCCAGCAUAGAAAGCUUUUCCACAAUAUACGACAUAGAAAACCUCUCGGAGUUAAAUAUGGACGAGAAUUCGGAUCUCUGUGUGAAAAUUGAUAAUCCUGAAAAAUAUUUAGAAACUUUAGAAACCUACAUCACCUUUAGAAUCACAACAAAAGUAGCCAGGAUAGAGUUUACAGAUAACGAAUAUGUUGUACGUAGACGAUACAAUGAUUUCCUUUGGUUGAGACAGAAGUUGGUAGAAUGCCAUCCUUUUUGUAUAGUGCCCCCCCUGCCAGGAAAACAUUCUUUAAUGGGACAACUUGAUAGGUAUUCUAAAGACUUUAUACUCCUGAGAAUGAAGGCCUUGAAUGUGUUCAUCUCAAGAGUAACUUCUCACCCAAUCCUGAGCUGUAAUGAGCACUUCAAACUGUUUUUAACAUUGAAGCAGGCUGACUUCACCCUACACAGGAGACAGAGACACCCUGUAGAACAAAGAGUGAGAACACUGAGUCACUCCAGUUCAUCUCAUUCAGCUUUGAAGAGCCGCCAUAUCGAGUUUGACAAAACCAAAGUGUAUUUGACGACACUCUCAGAAAAACUGUCAUCUAUUGAGAAAAUAUCUAGUCGAAUUAACAAAGAGCGUUCGGAAUACAUCACGGAGCUGAACAGUUACCACCCAAUCUUCACGACGUGGGCAAUGGCUGAAACAGAUCUGUCGGAAACUCUCAGGAACAUCGGCAGUGCCAUGGAGAGAAGCUCUGCUGCCCAAAAUGCCCUAGUGCAAAGUUAUAAUAAUACUGUUGGUAACCCGGUGAAAGAUUUUUUAGCUUAUAUUGACGUCGUGCAAGAAACCAUAAGGAAGAGGGAGUCUUACCAAUAUGCCUACGAGGUGUCCAUGGAUGAGUUGAAUAAACGACAUUCGGAGAAAGAUAAGCUUGUCGCCAUAUCUCAGAAUCCGUCCCAAUCUGCAGCUGGUUUUUCUCUGUGGAAACAAUCAAGCUGUGACGACAAAUUGGAAAAGCUUGGCACUUCCAUUCCUCAUUUAAUAAAAAAGGUGGAAUCGAAUCAGGACAGCCUUGAAUGCGCCAAUGAAUCGUUACGCAGCGACCUGCAACGAUGGCAGCUGGAAAAGCAGCAGUGCUUGAAGAAGAUAUUGCUGGAUUUUGUGAAUAAACAAAUAAAUUUCUACCAGGCGACUGUUAACGCUUGGGAGUAUGUCACAAACGAGUUGAAUCAGCAAAGUGCUGCGGUUCGGACCAAUCUCAAGUAAUUAUUUUCGCUUUGCCAUCACUUUAUUAUCUUAUUAACUUGAUAUUCGUUUUCCUAUUGAUUUUUCAUGUACAGGGUGAUACUCUGCAAAGGAAAUAUUUUUUGUGUUCAUAUUCAAUAGCUGACGAUUCAAGCUGAUAUACUUCAUCAACUUAGCUACUGUUCACAAUUAAACAGACAAGACAGUUUAGAAAAAAGUAUUCAAAAGCUAACUUCAUUAUUAAACAAAGUACCUUCUAUCUUUGAACGAAGUUAGGGCAGAUUUAUUACAUUCAUAUGUGAAACAAAAUAGAAUGUGAUCUAAUAAGUUGGAGUGAAAAACAAUCAUUCUAAAAUGUAUGGCAACAAUUUCACAGAACGUGCGCAAAUGGAGAAGAAUUGGCACAGAUAACUUUCAAAAAACGAUGUACUUUUGCAUAAAAAAACAGUUUUCUAUACAGUGUCGAAAAAGUUAGAUCAAUACUUCUAACAAAUAGAUAAAAAUGAACCAUGAUGUGUUACAUUUACAACAAAAAAAAAUCGAAUUGAAAAAGGAGAGAUUAGGUUUUUUUGGAAAGAAGCUUUUUGGUUUUCUACUUAAUAUUCCUUGAACAAAACGUGUGGGAAACUUGAUAUUCAAAGAACACACUGGUGUUUCUCUAUACAAUAUCAUCUUUUCAUAAAACAUUGCUGUCAACAACGGUUACGAGGUGGAUAUUACAGACUCAAGUCUUUCUAGAAAAUUGUAGAAACAAGCUCUGAACCAGGUCUAUCCAGUUUUAAAGAAUGAUACGGAACAUUAUGUAACUCUAACUUAUUACUAAUAAUAUCGCUCGUUUUUUAAAAGGCAAAGAAUUGGACGUAGGCUACAGAAUAAAUAAUGAUUUGAGUGAGUUCAUUAAAAAAAAUGAAGACAAAACUUUAGUGUCAGAUAGAUUGGGAGUAUACAAGUUGACUUGUGGUUCUUGUCCAAAAUUUUAUAUCGGACAAACCAGAAGAACUUUUUUCAGAAGAAUAAAUAACACAUCUCAGUUGUAGACGAAACUUGUGACGCAAAAACUUGCAGAUAGUAGUCGACACACCUGAAAAAUAUCUUGGGUACAGUUCAAACUCAAAAUUCCAAACCAAAGUCAGAUUUCUGACCAUAAAGUUACUGUUCCUGAAAAUCCUCUUUAAUUUGUAAAGGUUAAUAGGAAAAUAUUUUUAAUGUAUAAUAAUUGUUUAUAUUUGUAGGCAAAUAUCUGAAUUUGCUACAGUUAUUGUUCUUAAACUCAGAUUUUAAUGUUGUUACUAUUAUUCAUUAGUUUUAUUGUUCAAUUGGAAUAAUACUCUGUACAUUUUUUGCAAUAUUUAUCAUUGGGCUAACCUGAAAUGUCUUUCUUAUAAAGCGACAGUGUGUGUACCGCAAAGAAACCAAAGUAGGAUUAAAACCCGGCUGUUGUCAUCUGCCAAAAAGCUAGGUUAUAGUUGCUUCGAAAGUCAUUUCAUGGGAGCCCUGUACACAUUUAUUUAUACUCGUUUAUACUUAUAGAUAGAUCUCCUGACAUUCCUCAAGUUUUGUUAAGUUUUGUUUUGACUAUAUUUUAUUUACAUGUUACAAGUUUAGUCACUGCCUUGUCUUGUGGAUGUGGGGUUAGAGGAAAAACAUUUCCCACAGAAAAUCUAUUUUUGGAAUGCACACACAGUAACUAGUGUAAUUGAAUUUAACGGCUGUGGAGAACAGUCGAAACACCGUAGAUAGAUAAGUAUGGGGCGCAAUCUGAAGUAUUUCCAUUUAGCAAUAUUUAUAGUUAUGGCUCUGCCAAAGACCUCGCUUUGGAGUUGGCACACUGAAGGAGAAUAUUAAUGUAUCGGUUUUUAAAUACUUGGAAUACUCGUAAUUGUACUUAAAAUUCUAGGGAUUGACCAUGUAUUCAUUGCCAUCAUUACUAAAAUUAUAAAGCAAGACAAUAA